CCACUCUCAUGCACACAUACGGAUCAGACAGUGCCACCAGCGCAUCGUGCCCUCUCUUCGUUCUCCCAGAGCCAAAACCAGACGAUCUUCCCUCCGAUUCCGAUUCCUAUUCCGAUUCUCCAAAUAAUCGAUCGGCAUAAAUCAUUUUUAAUUACAUCCUUUUUGAACAAAUUAUAAAGCUGUUUUUCAAAGCUUGAAAUAUCAAUUUUUAUUUUUCUCCAACAAUGUUUUUUUAGCAAAUAAAAAAAUAAAUACCCGCGAAUGAGCGAGUCGUGACUCUCCUUUUCCUUUCCCUCAGUCCCAACCCCACCCCCUCGCUAAGAUGCGCCGGGUUCGCUCCCCACACCCUUCAUUUUCCUUCCGUUCCAUACCUUGACUUUUUUCCUUUUCUUUUUUUUCCCUUUUUAAUCUAAUUUUGGGAGAAUAAAUUUUGCUGAUACCUAGGGUUAUUGUUCUCCAUGGGGAUGGGGGGUUUGGGAACGGGGAUCGUCGUGGCGUUGCUGCUUUGGGUGAGGUUUACUUGCGCUGCCGAACCGUCGAGGGCUUCGUCUUCGAGCACCCUUUGUCCCGUGGAGUCCGCUUCCGAUUCGAUCUUAGGGUUCCGGCUUUGGAAUUGUCCUUUACACGGUGAUUCUGGAUCCCCUGGUCUUGUUGCAGUUACCGUGGGAGAUGAGGUUUCACUUCAAAGGGCAUUAAAUAUGGUUCACACAAAGGGUCAUCAAUACGUGGCUGUGCUCUUCUAUGCAUCUUGGUGCCCGUUCUCCAGGACUUUCUGGCCAAGCUUUUCCAUCCUGUCUUCUUUGUAUCCCUCCAUCCCUCAUUUUGCAAUUGAAGAAUCAACCGUCAGGCCUAGCAUACUUUCAAAGUAUGGAGUUCAUGGGUUUCCUACCCUUUUCCUUUUGAACUCCACAAUGCGUGUCCGUUAUCUUGGCUCCCGGACCCUCAGUUCUCUUGCUGCUUUCUAUGGUGAUAUGACUGGCAUUAAGACUGCAUCCUUGGAUCAAAUAUCCAUAGAAAAUGUUGGAUGUCUGUCAAAUCAUGAGAAGCACGAUAACACUGAGCAGGAAAGUUGUCCAUUCUCGUGGGCAAGAUCACCAGAGAAAUUGCUUCGGCAGGAGACAUAUUUGGCUUUGGCCACCACAUUUGUGCUUCUGAGAUUGCUAUAUUUCUCUUUUCCUACUGUACUUCUUUGUGCUCGGUAUGCUUGGAGAAGGCACAUUCGAAAUGUAAGAUUAGGGGGUUUGUGGGAGCAUCCUCUGGCCUAUCUGAGGCGAGCAAUACAGUUAUUCAAUUCUCUAAAGGAGCCUUGCAAGAGAAGCAAUUUACAGGAAGGGGCAAUGAAUGCCGGGGCCUGGGCUUCGAAGUCCCUAGCCACAGUCUCUAUUGGGGAUGCAGGUAACAGCCGGGGUUUGCCUGGAGGUGAAUGUCAAUGACCUCUUCAAUAUUACUGGAUUAGAGAGGAAAAUUCCCCACCCCACCAUUAAACGUUUUGGCUUCAGAAUCUGUUUGCCAGAAGCUCGCACCUUUUGCUUUGGAUAAUCCUCACGACACCGAUAAUUAGAGUUCGGCUGGAUUGAAUGUAUUGUGGAGAAGCUGUAAUAUUUUUACUGUAUUUUGAUGUUGUAGCUGUCCAUUUCUCGUUAGCUACGAUUUAUUGACUAGUGAAAAAGCAAUAUUCUUAGACUUCUAUUUGUGAAUAGUUCUAUUUUAAUAGACUUAACAUCUAAUUUUGUAUU